GGGCCCCCACGUCGGGUGCGCCUUUGUCUCGGGGCCCCGCCAUUCUUCAGAUCGGCGUCUGGGCUGCUCUGGCGCGCUCGGCGGGCCGGUGUCUCUGCUGCCAGGUGCCGCAGGUCCGCGGGGGAAGGCCGGUCGCCCCGAAGGCCCGGAAAUGGAACCGUUGACCUUCAGGGAUGUUAUCGUUGAUUUCUCUCAAGAGGAAUGGGACUGCCUGGAGCCCCUGCAGCAGAGUUUGUAUAGAGACGUGAUGUUAGAAAACUACAGGAACCUUUUCUUCCUGGCUAUAUAUUCUCAUCAAGUCCAAGACUUUUUGCCAGAGCAGGGAUUAAAACAUUUAUUUGAAAAAGUGAUCAAGGGAAGAUAUGGAACCCAUGGCGUUGAAAAUUUACACCUUAGGAAAGAUGGGGAAGGUGUCAGAGAGAGUGAAGGUCCGAAACCGUGUCAUGGUGAACGUAGCAAAUGUCUGGUGACUGUCCAUAAUGAAAACUUCAGUGUCAGCAGACUCCACGAACACGCAACAUCUCAGAAAGCAGCUCACUCCGUCCCCGUCACCUUUGAGGACCUCGGUGUGUUCUUAAAUGUGUAUCCACAGCCGUUUUUGAACCAUACCUUCCCUCUGAAAGGAAACUUGGAAAACCUGAAAUGGAGUCUGUCCCAAGCUUCAGUUAACAACAUGAACAAUUUCAGUUGCAGCAUUGGUUUAAACUUUUACUCAAACAUUUGUAUAGAUAAGAGAUUUAGAAAUAAAGAACAGAUUUCUGAAUGUGACCACUUUGAGUGUCACUUCACAAAAAGUCUGCUAUUUUGCAAUCAACAAACAGUUCUUCCUUGUGCCAAAACAUACAAUUUUAAUAAAGGUGGGGAGGUUCAUUCUUCCCCAUUAUUGCUUAAUGAAAAUUCAGAUAAAGAUACUUGGAAAGUCCUGUAUGUUUAUAAUAAAACCUCCAAGACCUUUAGCCAACUCUCUACCCUACGUAACUAUCAGUAUAUUUAUAUUGGUGGAAAAAAUUUUGAAUGCAGUGAAACUCAUGAAAAUAUUAACUUUGGUUCAAAUCCUGGAAAAAACCCUUGCGUUCAUUUUACAAAGAACCUCGGCAAAGUUAGUAAACGUGGGAAAGUCUGUCAUCAGAGCUCAAAAGUUAGUAUCCAUUCAGAUACCCAUAUUGAAGACAAACCUUACAAAUGCAAAGAAUGUGAAAGGACUUCGAAGAAAAUGUCAAGCCUUACUCAACACAGAAGAAUUCAUACUGGAGAGGAACCCUACAAACUUAAAGAAUGUGUCAAAGCUUUCAAUCAAAGCUCAAACCGUAUUAGUCAUCAGAGAAUUCAAAAUGGAGUGAAGCCCUACAAAUGUAAAGACUGUGGAAAAGCAUUUAAUAUAAGCUCACACCUUAUUAAACACCAGAGAAUUCAUACUGGAGAGAAGCCCUACAAAUGUAAAGACUGUGGCAAAGCUUUUAACCAAACCUCAACCCUUACUCAACACCGGAUGAUUCACACUGGAGAGAAACCCUACGAGUGCAAAGAAUGUGGCAAAGCCUUUAAUCGAAACUCAAACCUUACUCAACACCGGAGGAUCCAUACUGGAGAGAGACCAUACAAAUGCAAGAAAUGUGGCAAAGCUUUUAAGGAAUGUUCACACCUUAUUAAACACCAGAGAAUUCAUACUGGGGAGAAGCCCUAUAAGUGUAAAGAAUGUGGCAAACCCUUUAAAGACUGUUCAGCCCUUACUCAACACCAGAGGAUCCACACUGGAGAGAAACCCUACAAAUGCAAAGAAUGUGGCAAAGCCUUUAAUCGAAACUCAAACCUUACUCAACACCAGAGGAUCCAUACUGGAGAGAGACCAUACAAAUGCAAGAAAUGUGGCAAAGCUUUUAAGGAUUGUUCACACCUCAUUCAGCACCACAGGAUUCACACUGGGGAGAAGCCCUACAAGUGUAAAGAAUGUGGCAAAGCUUUCAAGCAAAUUGCAACGCUUACUCAACACCAGAAGAUUCAUAGUGGAGAGAGACCGUACAAAUGUAACGAAUGUGGCAAAGCCUUUAGGGAUUCUCUAACACUUACUCAACACCACUGGAUUCAUACUGGACAGAAACCCUACAAAUGCAAAGAAUGUGGCAUGACUUUUAUUCGGACCUCACACCUUAAUAAGCACCAGAAAAUUCAUACUGGAGAGAAGCCCUUUGAGUGUCAGGAAUGUGGCAAAGCUUUUAAACGAAGUUCACACCUUACUCAGCACCAGAGAAUUCAUACUGGAGAGAAGCCCUACAAAUGUAAGGACUGUGGCAAAGCUUUUACUCAAAACUCAAACCUUAUUGGUCACCAGAGAAUUCAUACUGGAGAGAAGCCCUACAAAUGUAAAGACUGUGGCAAAGCAUUUAAUAUAAACUCACACCUCAUUAGUCACCGGAGAAUUCAUACCGGGGAGAGGCCCUACAAAUGUAAAGAAUGUGGCAAAGCAUUUAAUCAAACAUCAACCCUUACUCAGCAUCAGAGGAUCCACACGGGAGAGAAGCCCUACAAAUGCAAAAAGUGUGGCAAAGCCUUCAAGUCUUGUCCAACCCUUACUCGACACCACAGGACUCACACUGGAGAGGACCACUCCAAAUGAAGAGAUGCUGAGUGCUUAAUCAGAUCUGAGUCCUCCUCAGCCUCGGGAUUCGUGCUGGAGAGGGACCGCACAGCGUGGGGACGUGGCAACCCCUGGAGUCGUUCAGCCUGCCCGACACCAGAGAAUGCACAGCAAGAGCAGUGCUGAAGAGGUGAUGCACCAUGACUGUCGGGGUUUCACACGUUCUUCAACAUCAGGAAACUCCAUCGUGUCAGAACCUCGUGGACAAAGUGUCUGGAAAGUCCAAAACAUAUGCCUUAGAUGCGGCAAAAUGUUUAUGAUGGAGAUCAAAUCUUGACAAAUGAAAAAAUUAUAGCAAAUUCUUUAUAUCUAGAUGUAUAUGAGAAUUAUUAAUAGAGAAAAAUCCUGUAAAAACAGAUAUGUGGCGUUGCCUUUAACUGUUGAUGAAAAUUUACGGAACAUCAUUAGUUGAUGUGAUAGAAAUAAAUCCUCAGAUAUCAGAAUAGUGAUAGUGCAUCUCUAAAAAGAUAUCAACUUACAAAGAUUACGUAAGUAUAUUCAUUCGUGAAUGUUGAAGAAAUUAUAAUUCUCACUUAGAAAUUAUAUCAGAAGACUCAUUAAUGAAAUUUUCCAUCUGUAUUUUUCUGAAGACUGUGAUGGAAUUUGAAAUAGUUAACGUUCAUGCAUAAUAUUAAUAAAGUGUUUCAAGUAAAGUGAAUGCUUCUCAACGUGUUAACACUGUUCUGUUGAGUCAGGUGUUAUUCUGCCAGGCUUAAAAGAAUUUUACUUUCCUAAAGGUUAUAGGUAACAGGUAAUAAAAGAUAUUAUUUGGUAUAAAUGGUCAUUACACCAUUUAGGCAGUGUAAUUAAGCUUCAAAUUGUGUGGCAAGUAUUAUCACAAGUUAUAUUUUAAAUAGUUCUCCUUUUUAUAAUUAGUUGUACAUUUAGGAUGUUAUGGGAGAGAGAGAAAUGCCAAUAAGUCCAGAUUUCUGUAUCUUCAGUUUUACCCUAUAGUAUUUUUUCCACAUGUCACUUCCGGGUAUCAACAAAACACAAACAUUGGUUUGAUUGAAGUUGACUCAACUGUACAAAUGUUCUAAUCUUAUGGUGAAUCUCAUGGUAAGAGCACCUGAAAGCACCAACUGUGUGCAAGUGUUCUCUUUAGAAAAGGGAAACAACUGAAAGAAUUUCAAGAUUGGUGAUGAUUUACUAGUAACCUGGAAACUUCAGGUACCUGAAAAAAAAAAUUCAUUUUAAAUACACUGAUCUCAUUUCUCCAAAGUGUCAUCGUUCGUGUUUUAUAAUCUCAGGCCAGUUCUGACUUUUCUCCCUUCAUUUUUUCUCAUUCUACACUUAACAUAAGACUGA